UCAUUUGUGUAUAUUAAAUAUAACAAAGGACCAAGUACACUGCCUUGGGGUACCCCAGCGUUGAUUUUUUGGAGUUCACUGUAAUCGUUUCCAUGCUUAACACGGAAGUAACGAUUAGUCAAAUAAGAAGAAACCAUAUCGAAAUACUCCAACGGAAAAAUGUCUCUUAUUUUUGUUAGUAGACCUGUAUGCCAAACUUUGUCGAAAGCCUGGGAUACGUCUAAUUUUGAGAAACCAACAGCCCAAAUAUAUUAUAAAUUAUACUAUUAGAAGUGACAAAAAUUGAUACAACGUGGGACUUAGUAAGAUUUAAGAUGAGAUAUUUUAAGCAAAGUUUUGUUAAGGCAAACAAUUGGCGCAAGUCUACUGGCGCCGGCUUGCUAGAUGACGAAGAAGUCACAUCUAUAAAAGAUAAGGUAAAAUUGAUGUGUCCAUAUUAUGACCAAUUGUCGGAAAUAUUUGGUGAGAAAGCUUGGAGCAACAAAAUUGUUUUACAAUCUUCUGCUAUGGUAUGCGACAAGGAGGUGUCAGUGUAAGAACUGAAUAGUACCAGCGAACGAGCAGGCGUUGAAAUAGCGAACAGCGAAGAAGCAACACCAUUUAGCAUGAUAUUUGAUGCAGAUAUACUGACAGAAAAUACUGUGUAACAGAUCACUACUAACAGAAGCGAGGUUAACACACAAAAAAAAACUACACCAGGGAGGAUUCGUUUCGAAAACAAUUUAAGACGUAAUAAACAAACAUCCGCCAUUCAGGAACUAAACGAUAUUGAACGCAAACGAGAGGAGUUCCAAAAUCGGAAGCUUCAACUUGAAGCAGAAAAAUUCGAGUUUCACAAAGAAUUGGAACUAAAAAAAUUGCGCAUGAAGGAGGAUAAGAUGAACAUGAGAUUCAGGCUAAAAGAGGAGAAGUUAAAGCAAAAAGAGAAAUUGGCGAUAUAUGA